CCGCUGCAUCAGUGUGGUCAGUCGAUGCCCGAUGGAUCAGUAGAUUGUUAGUUAAUUCAUAAAGGUACAUAAAGAAGGUGGUAAAGUUAGUAACUACCCUGGAGAAAAAGACACUAUGUAUUUUUGUUGUGUUAUAGUGCUAAAGGUGUCAGUUAUAGUUCUAUCCGAGCAGCUCAGAAAAUUGUUACUGUAUAACAAACUGUUUUCCAACAACCAAACUUAGUUCAAUCGUUGCAACCGUUUUUGUUGAUUUCAAAAGUUUUCCAAGUUUUCAAUAAUUCAGAAAGAAAUAUGGCUGCUCCGUAUUAUCCAAGUGGACCUCAUCAACGAAAUUCGGGCAAUAUUCCUGGUUGUUAUAAUAAUUACAACUUCUGUUAUGGUUAUCCCGAAAACAACAGUUACCACUGCGGGACUGUACCUGACCAAAGAGGUUUAAACUUUAUCAUGCCCAAGAAUCAUUACCCGAAACCUCAUAACCAGACACCCUAUUUUCGAAAACGACACAUACCAGAUUCUCCAAGGGGAUAUCCGGCUUAUGAGGAAAGAUUCAAACGCGGCCCUUACCAUGAUAACUCGAACUGCUUUGAAAGAGGAUACAAAGCACCCAACAAUAAUCAACUGAGCCCAAAUAACUUUUUUCCACGUGGAAGUUAUCAAAAGAGAACUCCUUGGACCAAGAAACCGCGAUAUAACAAUAACUUGGGUGAUAGCGACGAAGAAUUGGACCGCUAUAUAUUCGAAGGUUAUAAUUCUGACAAUGGAAGUCCAACUUUUAAAACAAGGAGGCAUCAUUUCAAUGGAGCCAGGAACUUUAAUGAAUCAAAACGUCAUUUAUUUGGAACACAACAGAGAAAUAUAGAUACUUUCCGUCCAAAAAGGUAUUUGAAAGAAUUAGGAAAGGAUUCUUCUAAACAAACCAUAAAUAUCAAAGAUAGUGGUUUGAAAAACAAUACUGAUCCUGAAAAUGUUGAUAAAUCCGAGGUAACCGUUAAAUCCGAUACUUCAAAUGUCGAUGUCACGAAAAGUAACACAAAUAAUUUUGAAGUUGACAAGUUGGCAAAAAGUGAUCUUAACUCAAAUGCUACUGAUAUAACUGAAUGUAAUAAAAAAACAAAACCGCAGGUAGAAGAAGCAGUUGUAAAGAAGGAAAUAAUUUUAGUGAAAAAUUCCGAUAGUAAUACACCAUUUAUUGAGUCAAAUACUAGGGAUAUUACUGAAUCUAACAAAGAAACGAUCAAUUAUUUGGAACAAGCAACUAAAGAUAACAAUCCCCUACCUACUAAGGUCGUAGUAGAUAAUUCUAAUAUUACAGAUAAGGAAGAGUUAACCAAAUCGGACGAAAUGGUUAAAUUAAAAAUUUUCACUGAAAUGCGGCGAGUUGAAAAAUUUGAGAAACCCAAAAAAAUACAGCCUGUAGUUAAUAAAAAUUCUUCUCGAAUGGAAAACACGAGGAGACAAUCUCAAUCAUGUGCCAUACAAAAUGAAACUAGAAAAACUAGGGCUAGUCUACGUAAAACAAAAUCUAUGAAUGAUUUUAGUGAUAAAGCUGAACUUGCUAAAUCGUUUAUUGAAACAUUAGAUAGCGUAUGUAAAAACAGACAAUUAGUAAUCAAACUGUCAAAAUGUGAUGAAGCAAUUAAACAUAUAGAAAUGAACAAAAAUAAGACCAAAUGUGAGAAACCUUUGUCGAAAUCUUUACCCAGUAAAUCUACUAUAGAACCUAAAGAGUUUAGAGAGACUGAGAAAGAAAUUACAAAUACAAAUAGAGAAAAUGCCAAAUCAGAAAAAUGUUCUGGUAUUAAUAAUUUAUCUAAGUGUACAAAUAAGCAAAUUUUUAAUGGCUCCAAAUCUGAGAAAAGUGUAGAAAAAUCUCUAAGCAAUCCCAGUGUAGAAUCAAAUGAGUUAAAACAAUCUAAGACAAUGAAAAUAUGUGAUGAUGUAAAUAAAAAUAAAAUAAUAAAUUCAGAUACUAAAAAUAGAAAUAUUGAAAAUACCAAACCUGACAAAUGCUCAGAAAUUAAUAAAGAAUCUAGCGAGAAUUUAAUGGAACAAAAUUUAAAAGGCUCAAAAUCAGAAAAAAAUUUAUCAAAAUCUGUAAGUAUACCUUGUGUAGAAUCUAGCGAAACGAAAGAAUCUACGACAAUAAAUACAUAUGAAAAUGGUGAAAUUAUUAUCCAAAAAGUUGAAACUUCUGUAAGUAUUCAAAAUAAUAUUCAGGAAAAUAAUAUCGAAAACCUUAGUAAAAAUAUAAAAAUGGAACCUAUAGACAAAAUGAAUUUUAAGGAUAGUUCUGACAAUUCUCAUAUUGAUAAUACAUUUGCGACAAAGUGUGAUACUAUAGAACUUUCAAACAUGCCUUUGAAAGAUUCUUCUAAUAAAGAAUGCAUUAGAAUAGAGAAAAAAUCUAUCUCUCCUAACAUUUAUUUGAAUGAUGAAUUAGAGGUAUGUGAAAAUUCGGAAAAUACUGUCAAUAAGCCAAAUAUAAAAAAGACUGAAAAUAUAUUAGAAGACAAUAAACGACAGAAACAAUUAGAUGUAAUAUCUAUAAGUGAAAAUUUAGAUUUAAAACGUAACAGCGAGGAAGAAAAUCAACUGAAUAAAGAUGUGGACCAUGCAAAAAAUAUUUGCAAAAACUCUACAACCGAAACUAGGAUCCCUUCAGAGAUUAUGGAUGUAGAUUUAUAUACUGAGGAAGUUGAAACCAGUGAUUUCUCAAAUAACGAAACUGAAGAAUCUGCAGUUCAAGACCUGAAAAAGAGUGUAAAUGUGAUACAAACUGAUUCAAAAAAUGACAAUUCAAGAACAAAUUGUGCCAUUAAAUGCGAAAAUGAAUUUGUUAAACUGUUUGUAACUCUAUAUAGAGACCCUAGUGAGACUAAGUCCAAAGACGCUACAGAAGAAGACAUGGAAAACUCUUCUGAAGUAGAAACGGAUCCCAAUGUACAUCUGAUAAGUAUACUUGAAAAUGAACAGGGUGAAAUAGGCAAUUGUAACAAUUUUACCGGAAAAGUUAAAAGCAUAGAACUGGAUAUAAAAGAUCAACAUAUGACAAAAGCAGUAGACAAAAAUAUCAAUAUUUCAACUGUUGAUGUUGAUAAAAAUGAAUCUUCAAAUUUCUGUUUAAAAAGUAAAAAGCAUGAUCCAAAGAAAGAUUGUAUAAAUAUAUUCCCAAAAGUUAACAAACAAUCUAAAAAGUCGACAUCAAAAAUAAAUAAAGAAUUUACACGAAAGAUUAAAAAGCAAAAAAAUAUAUUAAGAAAUGAAAUUUUAAAUAAUCCUUCUGAAUUUCAAAUAACUAAAAAGCGAAGGAUUCCAAUUAGUCCAGACAAUACUUUAGAUAAGAAGUCCAAUAAAAAUGAGAAGAAAAUGCAGAAACAUUAUUCCAAAAACAUUACAUCCGAAUCUUCCAGAUCUGUAGCAAGAAACAAUGAAAGCUGUUCAAAAGCCACUGAUACUUUAAGUCAUUCAGGGAAGGUUGAAAGAAAAUCAAAAAACGAUCAUCAUAAAGACUCGAAAACUAAGUCAGGCGUUCAAGUAACUAGAGAUUCAGAAUCUCAUCCAAAAUUUGAUGCGAAGAAAAUCGAUAAAAAACAAAAGAGGUCAAUUAAGUCUCCGGCUCAAACUGACGGUAUAAAAUCUAAAAAAUACAAGAAAUCGAACAGAGAAUGUGAAAAAGGAAUGUGCUCUUCCGAGCCAAGUUCUAGCUGCAGUUCCCAUACUGAAAAAAAGCCUGUUGAGAAGGAAAAAACUGAAUUCAAUAAAGGACUAAUUGGAGACAAAUAUAUAAAACCCAGCAAGAAAAGGAAAAAACCGUCUUGUUCCGACCCGCCGAAGACAGUGAAGAUAGAACCGGACAAUUUCAACGAAAAAAAUAAUUCUAGAUCUAAAAAACCGAAGGGAGAUGGCUGGUGGACAGAUCGAUUUCACGAACUGUUCGGUUGCCCUUCAGAUGACGAACAUGAAUGUGAAAUCAAGAAAAUUAACGAACCACAAAUCGAAGAAACUAACAGUGUAGCCCAACAUGCGUUAAGACAUGACGCUCAUGUUACAGAGACUGAAUUAAUUAAUCUAAAAAAAAUCAAAAGCAAAGAUGCGACACGGAGUAUUACAGAAAUGCCACAAUGUUCAAGUUCGAGCAAUAAAGACGUCCACGCACAAAAAGACAUUAAGAAAAAUAGGGAAUACACUGACAGUGAAGCCAAACAUCGGUUAAUACACGAUUCUCAUGUUAGAGCGGCUGAAUUAGUAAAUGUUAGAAAAAUCAAAAGCAAAGAUGCCACACGGAGUAUUACAGAAGUGCCACAAUGUUCAAGUUCAGGCAAUAAAGACAUUAAAAAAAAUAAGGAACCACAAAAGGACGAAACUAACAUUGAAACUAAACAUCGGUUAACACAAGGUUCUCAUAGAGCGACUGAGGGUAUUAAAGAAAUGGUACAGUGCUCAAGUUCAAGCAAUAAAGAUGUCCAAACAGAACAUGAUACUAGUAAGAAGAAUGAUAUAAGAUGCGCUAGAAUUACAGACAAACGUAGAUCAACCACUGAUAUAGAAAAAUGUAUUAACGCUCCAAAGUGUGAAGGUAAACUGGCUAAAAUCAAGGAAUUGAACAGAAGAUAUUCCGCACCAGUUGUAAAUAUAGACAUAGGUCCAUUGUCGUACGGAAAAAUCGUACAGCACGAAAAUGUGAAAUAUUUUCAAGUUCGCCAGUUGCACACGCUGCCGUUCGAAUUUCACAAAAUUACGGCUUAUUCUAUAGAAGAGGACGAAUGUUCUUUUACCUAUUCUAUCUGUGAUAGCCCCGAAGUACAAACUGAAACUACUGUCAUAAAACGAGAACUAGAAACUGAUGCUUAUGAAAACUGUAACGCUGAAGAAGAUAUACUAACUAUGUUGCAAGAUAUUCAAAGUGAAAACGAUGAUUUUCCACAAAAUGAACAAAACAUAACGUUAUAUAGAUCAGAUGAUGAAUCUAUUACUAACGAUAAUGAUGUUCAGGCUGUAUCUGCUUCUCUUCCAGGAGAGUUAAUUAUGAAAAAUAACCAACCAGUUACUAAGAACGUACCCUACGGUCAAAAGCUAGUAGAAGUGUUUACAAAGUACAUCCACUUUUCUGAUCAUCUCCACAGCGCAUUUGAAGUUUAUAUCAAUCAUUUUAAAGAUAAAUCAAUGGAUUAUGAUUUGCAGCAAUCUGAAUUAUUAUAUUUCAAAAAUUACACCAAUCGUAGUUUAUUAAAUCAAUCGAACAUGUUGUUACAGGAAAUAAGGGAUAUAGAGAUACCUUUAAGGCUACAGUUUUCUACUAUUAUAUCGAAGUUAGCUAUAAAAAUACAUCAACGUCUCAUUGGUAGCGAGAAGUACACACAUUUAAAGAAACUAGAAGUAUUUUCUUUACUUUAUAAAUUGAUGAUGCCGCAGAAAUGUGUGUUUAUUAGAAUUCCUUUUUUUAAUGAGCUGUUUCGUAUUUGUAAAAAAAUACAUGAAAACUAUCCAGAGACGGUUCAGAAUUCCAACACACCAAUUUCAUCAAACCAAUUAUCUACUCAAGUAAUUGCAGCCGAAAAUCCUCAAAAUGAAGUUGCCAAGAAGCAGAUAACUACCCCUGUUGCUACCCAAACAACUCAAUGUCACGCGGGCAAUAAUGGCAUGUCUACACACGUUACUGCAAUUGAAGUUUGCAGUAAUAAAGAUGUUACGCAAGUUACUCAGAGUGAUAUUUGCAGAUAUCCAUUAGUUACCCAAAUUCACAAAAAUAAAGUAGCCCCCCAAACUGAUCAAAACAAUAGCUCCAAUCACAUGACUUCUCAAUUUAUUUCGAGUAGUCCAAGUAUGUUAUCCAGUCCACUUUCUCAGACUGAUGUUUUUAGACCUCAAACAGUUGUUACCCAGAGUGAAUAUGCUAGAAAUCAAAUAUCUACUCAUGUUACUCAAAACAUAGUUAGUACCAAUCAAACAGCACCUCAGUAUAGCCAGAAUGGACUUAAUACGGGUCAAUUAAGUACACAAGUUACCGCGAGCGAAUUUUCAAGAAAUCAAAUAACUGCUGCAGCUAUUCAUAAUGAAAUUAACAGGAAUACAGUAGCCAAUGGAACAGCACCUCAAUAUAACCUGAAUGAAGUUAAUACAUGUCAAUUAACUACACAAGUUACCGCGAGCGCAUUUUCAAGAAACAAAAUAACUGCUCUAGCUAAUCAAACAGCACCUCAGUAUAGCCAGAAUGUUGUUAAUACGGGUCAAUUAAGUACACAAGUUACCGCUAGCGAAUUUUCAAGAAACCAAAUAACUUCUCCAGCUAAUCAAAAUGAAAUGAACAGGAAUGUAAUAGCAAAUCGAACAGCAUCUCAAUAUAACCAGAAUGAAGUUAGUACGUGUCAAUUAACUACACAAGUUACCGCGAGCGAUUUUUCGAGAAACCAAAUAACUUCACCAGCUAAUCGUAAUGAAAUGAACAGGAAUGUAAUAGCAAAUCGAACAGCAUCUCAAUAUAACCAGAAUGAAGUUAGUACGUGUCAAUUAACUACACAAGUUACCGCGAGCGAUUUUUCGAGAAACCAAAUAACUUCACCAGCUAAUCAAAAUGAAAUGAACAGGAAUAUAAUAGCUGCUCAGAACAGCCAAGGUGAAAUUGGGAGACAUAAAGCCGCACCUCAAGCUUCUAAACCUCGUAAAAAUUCAGCAUAUCAAAUCUAUCCGGAACUGUCAAAAGAGAAUCUACCAUAUUAUAUGCCUACUAAUAUGAACAACAUCGAAACACCAAACUUGGCUAAUAGGCAAAUGCCUAAUUAUAACGUAGAUAUGUCAAAGGGACAUGAUAUAUCAGGUUUCCAAAGAAUUCAUUAUGCAAAUGGACCACCACCCCAACCACUAUUACAAAAUCACAAUGCUUUGAAUAAUAGACCUUCAAACAUUGGAGCGCCAAUGAACACAUCUCCGAUGUACAACAAUCAGCAGUUUCCAACUCAACGUGUUCCAAUGACUAGGGAGAUAUAUCAAAAUAUGAUUAAACUACAGAAUGCAGUCCAGCAACCUAACCCAAAUAUUCUUUCUAAUGCGAAUCACAUACCUACAGCUACAGCUACAAACAAUUUUAGUACCCCACCAGCAAAUCAGCUACAGUUUAGUAUACCAAACAUCAACAAUAUUCCGCACAAUAGGCUGGAAUCACUUCUUUAUAACAAAAAUCAUAAAAACACUUCAGCAGUUUAUGGAAAUAAUCUUGAUAUGUCACGGAAAAAUCAAACAAAUGUGUAUGGACAUAGACCGGAAUACCAACUGAAUUUUUCUAACGCUACAAUGCAGAAUACAGCGCCGAAUUACCAUUACAAUGUCCCUCCGAAUGAGAUGAAUAACCAGCAUGUUAACAAUAUUAAUAGCAUGGUUAACAGAAUUCCGUACCAGCAUAACAUAUUGAAUAAUUCGCCAACAGUAAAUUAUAACCAACAAGGGUUGGAUAAUCGUCAAGCGUUUAAUAGCAGUGAAGGUAAUGCAAUUGCCCGAACUAAUAAUGUUAUGCCAAAUAUGCAGUACAUGAAUCCAUAUCUACAACAACCAGUUCUUAAUAGAGAAGUUCCCCAAAGUAGUGCAGCACAGUUAGUUCAAACCCGACCAGUUAACUUGACUCAGAACAGGGAGACGGAACAAAACCUUUGGAGAUUUAAUAAUGAAACUGCAAGAUCCACUGGCGUAAAUGUACCGCAACAAGGCAAUGAGAAAACUGUGAAUGAUAAUUUUAAAAUCAAGCUACCCUAUACAAGACCUCACAUACCUCAUACAACUACUGUCACCAAUACGAAUUCUAUGUCGAGUUCAGGAGAAAAUAGACAAAUGUCAAAAAAUACUAAUAGGAACCUUAUCACAUCCAGUCAAGAGUCGAUUAGAGAAAAUUUACCUGGUCGACAUUCUAACAUAAACGUUCCAACGAUUUCGAGUUCAACAAGCGUACAAAAUGGUGUAAAUGAUGUACAAACCUCUGAGGCUAGAAGUUCCGUUUCAUCUAGUCCUCGUGGAAAUAUAACUCCAAACAGCACCAUUGGUAAUCAGCAUUGCAGUUCAACAAGAAACAUUAGACCUGGAAGCUUCACAAAUUCAAUAUCUGCAAUUCCUAGGGCGGAGAACAUAACAGCUAAUGUGCAUACUUUGUCGUCUGGACAUAUGCUAUCUUUAGAAUCGAUAAUUAGAGAGCAGUUAUCUACUACAACUUCCACUGAUUAUUCAGCAAAAUCUAGUCAAUUGACAAUAGGUCCGAAAUUGAUGAAUACUUCUAGCAGAGUAACUACUUCUGGUUUCAGAAAUGACGAAGGAAUUAUAUUGAAUAGAGGAUUAGCUGCUCUGGAUUCCAUUGGACCUGUGUCAGACAUGUUGAACUGCUCUUCUUCUACAGUAGACACAAACAGUGAAGCUGAUACUACCUGCGAAGAUCAUACGGCUACAGUCGCAAGACCGUGUGAGAUGGUGCGAAACCCCUCACUAAAAAUUAGGCAAUAUUUGGCUCAAUUUUCUACCGAAAUAGAUGCAGUCCAAGAAUCACCUGAAAACGAAGCAACGCUAAAUAACCAAACUGUAGAACAGCUAAAGAGUACACAACCUAACAGUGAAAUGACUAUUUUACAUGAUGAAGUUACAGUGAAAACUGAAACCACUGAUGAAGAGCUUGGUACCAGAGAUGCCUCCAGCGAAAUCGAUAAACCUAACCAAGCCGAAGCAACCGUUUGUUUAAAUGAAGAAUUAAAAUGCAAAGAAGAGGAAACGGAGAAUAAUGCUGAAGAAGACAGUGCUAGUUACACGAUAAGUGUUCAAAAAUUGUGUAUUUGUAAUAGGCCAGCUGUGUAUAACUGUAUUUGUUUGGAAGCUUGGUACUGUGGAACUGAAUGUCAGAACAAAGAUUGGGCGUGCCAUCAAAACAAUUGCCAUACCACUGUAAACGAUGUCGGGACAGUGGAACAACAGGCCAUUACUAGUAAUGUAAACUAAGAUAGAUGUUAAGGAUUCAGAGCUAUAAUACGCUUUCAUGUUGUGUCUUUCCAGUAUUAAUGUGAAUAAUGUGUGCAAUUCGUAUAACAUUAGUUAUUUAUUUUUAGUGUGAUAGAAAUCUAAGUUACUUAAGUAGUUGUUAUCUAAUAGUUAUUUUGAAAUGAUACGUUUAGUUUUUAAACUUUAAAUUAUUUUUGUACUUUUUUUUACUUUUUAUGUUUGAAAAUAUAAAGAAAAAUA